AUGAACAGUCAAUUAUGGGAACAUAAGAGACAGCAUGCAUCUGAGGCUGUGUUGCUCACUAUUGGUUGGUAUGAGGAAUUCAAAAAAGUAAAUGUGCAGCCAACGGAGAUUAGGAGACAAUUGGUGAAAUGGAAAAGACCACAAGAGAAUUGGGUGAAGGUUAAUUGUGAUGGUGCAUUCCAGCAGGCAACAAGAAAGGGGGGGGGUGCUGGAAUUGUGAUCCGAGAUGUUAAUGGUGAUUUUCAAGUUGGUGCUGUUAGACUUCUCCCUUUAGUAACGUCGCCUUUCCAUGCAGAAUUGAUGGCGUUAAAGGAAGGGAUCAAUUUGGCAGUGGCAUUACAGCAUGAGCUGGUACUGUUUGAAUCUGAUUGCUCUUUAUUGGUUCAAGCUUUGCAUUCAACUUAA